ACGCAGUAGGCUAUAAUUAGUCAUCUAUCUUGUAAUGCAAGUGCACGCUGCUGGUCAGCAAAGGGGGCAGUGGCACCUCAAGGUCUCCACGUGUACAUGUUGACUGAUGUCUGUUGUUUCUGCGUCACCCUCCAAGAGUGCAGCGGGCUUAUAAAGAGGAACUCACAUAGACUCUCAAACACACUCAAUUUUUGCCCUCCUCUGAGAAGAACAACAGAAAUUCCCAGCCAAGAUGAGACUGUACCUCGUAGUUGCCAUGCUGGUGCUGGCUUUGGCCGCAUUCACACAGGCUCAGGAGGCGGAGGCGGAGGCGACCGUGGAGGAGAAAUUUGCUGUGUUCACAAACCAGAUGGGUGAGAUGGGCAAGAAUCUGGCAGACAAGGCCCAGACAACCUUUGAAGGCAUCAGAAGCAGCGAAUUUGUUGCCAGCUCACAGACCUGGUUCGAGCAGCAGAUGGAAAAGAUUAAGCAGAAGAUCGGUGAAAUCAGCCAGUAAAAUGGUCCCUGUCCCAUCCUAAGACCCCCCCCCCACCUCUGAUAUCUUCACACAUUGCUUUGCUGACCAGACACAAUAUAUAUGUUGCCUCUCUGUAAAGAGAUGUUUUGUUUUUUUUAUAAUUUCAAUGUAAUCUUUUUGAAGAACCACUGUGAAAACUUGAAAUAAAGACACUGGGGGAAAAAAUAAA